GAAAUUAAAGCAUUUAUAAGCCUUUUCCAUUAUCAUUUCCCCCUCCACAGCUAUGCAUGUAGAAAUGGGCUAUAACUUCGAGCAAAUCGAAACUCUCUCUCUGGAGGUAACAUAGACCCUUAUCAUCCCUUGACACCUCUCUUCUAAAAAAUACGCUCUUGCCCAGUGACAGGCAGACAGCAGAGCUAGGUGCUAAAAGGUCGAAGAUGUAUAUGAACCCAACCCAAAUGAAAUAAACGCCGUUUUUGUGUUCAGGCAAUUGGAAUUUGUCACCCCAUUUGGCAAGUUGAAUUUUUUCCACAAAGAAAUGACAAAUUCCGCUGGUUCCAAGGUUCUGAAUGACAAUGCAACAGGCACAUUUUUAAUUCCUACUUCUGAAUAAUGGACUGCACAGUGUCGUUUCCUUGUGUGCAUUUUAUUCCGGUGGGAAGAACUUUGUGCAACUACAGCAGAGUCACUUUAGUAGCACAUUCAAAAAGGAGAAAACCAUCAAAGGAUAAUCGGUAUCGACCACGUCCCAAGCAACCUCCAGAGUUUGGUGUUAAUCUGUUCUUGAAGAAGCCUAGCACCACCUCUAAACCAACUGAGGAUGAUAUGGAUAGCAAUGAAGAGAAUGAUGAAGAGGAGGAUGGAAAUAUUGGUGUUGUUUGGGAAUCAGAUGAGCUUGAAGCCAUCUCAUCACUUUUCCAAGGUAGAAUUCCGCAAAAACCUGGAAAAUUGGAUCGAGAAAGGCCUCUUCCUCUUCCAGUUCCCUACAAGCUUCGACCUUUGGGGCUACCUACACCAAAAACACAAGUAAAAUUGACAGCUCCUGCUGUGGUUUCUUCCCGGGCUUCUAUGGCUAAGAAAGUGUAUAAAAGCCCGAGGUUCCUAGUUGGGUUGGCAAGAGAAAUAAGUAGGCUUGGUCCAGAUGAAGAUGUAUCUAAAAUUCUUGGAAAGUGGGUGCAGUUCCUGAGGAAAGGGUCCUUGUCAUUGACAAUAAGGGAAUUAGGUCAUAUGGGAUUCCCUGAGAGAGCUCUGCAAACAUUCUUAUGGGCACAAAAUCAACCUCAUCUCUUCCCAGAUGAUUGGAUUCUGGCCUCAACUGUCGAGGUCUUGGCCAGGAACCAUGAGUUAAGAAUUCCAUUCAACCUAAACCAGUAUACUGGUUUGGCAAGUCGUGUUGUGUUGGAGGCAAUGAUUAAGGGUUUUAUAAAAGGAGGAAACCUUAGGCUUGCAUGGAAGGUUCUAAUAGUUGCCAGAAGGGAUAAAAGAAUGUUGGAUUCCAGCAUAUAUGCUAAGCUAAUAUUAGAACUUGGAAAGAACCCUGACAGACACAGGCAUGUGUUGCCCUUGUUAGAUGAACUUGCAGAACGCGAUGAAUUGAAUUUAAGCCAGCAAGAUUGUACUGCAAUAAUGAAAGUCUGCGUUAAGAUGGGGAAAUUUGAAGUAGUCGAGUGCCUGUUUAGUUGGUUCAAACAGUCUGGCUAUCAUACGAGCGUAGUUAUGUUCACUUCUGUGAUUCACAGUCGUUACACAGAAAAGAAAUACAGAGAGGCAUUGGCUGUAGUUUGGGAGAUGGAGUCUUCAAGUUGUCUUUUUGACCUUCCAGCUUAUUGCGUGGUAAUAAAACUGUUUGUUGCUUUGAAUGAUCUAUCUAGGGCCACGAGAUAUUUUUCAAAACUUAAAGAGGCUGGAUUUUCUCCCUCUUUUGGCUUGUACAAGGACAUGCUUCAUAUCUACAUGGCCUCUGGGAGGAUAGCAAAGUGCAAAGAGCUCUGCAAGGAAGCUGAGAUGUCUGGUUUCAAGCUAGAUAAAUAUCUUGUGUCACAGUUAGAUAGAUGAAAAACUAUAGACUUUAGAAUCCUGCAAGCAUUGUCCUUGCUUGUAUCAAUUCUAAAUCCCUCUUUCUUAUGAAAUGGCUUGGCUUCCUUUUGUACAUUGACAAACAUAACGAAUUCUUUUUACACUGAGGUUAAUAAUUUGGAAUGUUUAAUACAGUUGAAUUUACUGGUUCAGUCUGCAUUUUUUUC